CGCCUGUAAAUGUAACCUAACCUCAGUUAAUUUGUAAAAUCUGAAGUCUACAAAGUAUACAACAGAUGCAUUUUUUGAUGUAAACUUAAGUUAAAAACGUGGUUGUUUUGAUAUAUUCUCAUUGUAUACGACGUGCAUCUUCUGGAAGUUCUUGCCAGUUUUCAAAUUACCAUUCUUAUUGAAAGCAACAACUAUGUUUAAAGGGGACAUAAAUUUCCAAGAGCUGAUCGCUUCUGGUACAACAUUUGAAGUUGAUACAUCUAAACCACCGAAUAAUGAUGAUCUCGCUGAAAUUACCGAAAAGGAAUACAAAGAGGAAGUGCUAAAAUAUUGCAACUUCAACUGUUUGGGGGAAUUUGAAGACGAUGAUGUUUAUGACAGUCGUGAGCCAUUUUCAAUACUGGCAUCGAAAAUGUCGAAUUUAUGGGAGAAUGGAGACAUCAAACAUCGCAUAUUAAGGGCGGGAUAUGGAAAUAAGCCUCAAGAGCAUUACAUUGUUAAGGUUCACUAUAAUGCGUAUACAGAGUUCAAUGAGGAGCCAUUUGAUUGUACCUAUGCUCGGAAAAGACCCCAUGUCUUUGUGAUUGGGUCUGGGGAAGUUCUUCCGGGUCUGGAUUAUGCCGUACAGUCAAUGCAACUGAAUGAAAAAUCCCAAUUUCUAAUCAAACCGCAUCUGGCCUACGGAGAUUUUGGUUGCAUGGAACGUAUUGCUCCAAAUGCGACAGUUCUGUUUGAAAUCGAACUACUAGAGAUAAUUGAAAGCAAAAGUAACGAUUUUCAGAACCUCCCUGAAGAAGAAAAGAAUGAUUUUAGUCAAGUGUAUAAUUUUUGUUUGUCCCAGUGCACCAAGGGGAAGGAAUUAUUUAGUCGAAACAUUACAUCUGCUAUAAGAGAGUACAACAUCGCCGUGGCAGCAUUAGAAAAGGCCCAGUUAGAGCAAUAUGACGAGCAAGUCAAACAGCAAGAACUACUUUACAAGCUGUACUCGAACUUGUUGGUUUGUUAUACGAAAAAUGAGGAACCCAGAAAAGGUUGUAUUAAUUUUAACAAAAUCAAGUACCUUGCGUGCGGAAAAGAAGUCCAAGUAUCCGCGAAAGCUUAUUUCAACAACGCCAAGUGUUUGAGAAUGUUGGGGGAAUAUGAUCUGGCCAAAAGCCGCCUGCAAAAGGCCUAUGACUUGGAACCGCGCAAUUCCGAUAUUUUACAAGAGUUUAAAGUAAUAGACAGGGAACACAAAAAAUACAAGGACAAGCAGAAAUUGAUGGCCAACGCAUUUGUGAACACUGAAAAGUAAAACAGGUAAAUUAUUUUUGCUGAAGUAAAUUCAGCAAUUUACAUUUUCAAAAUUGUUACAUGUUGUUGCCAAAUAUUUAUAGAAUAUAAGCAGAAUAAUUUUCUUUUCUUUUUAAUACUAUUCUCAUGAUAAUGAUAAGAUUUACAAUUGUAGAUGGAUUAAAUAUGUUUUAUUAUUGAGGAUUGAAUUUGCAGUUGAACUAGCUGACGCCGUCUACUUCAGAUCAAUUCUCAAUAAUAAAACAUUGUAUUAAACGUUUGGUGGGCAACCUGAAAAAUGGCUGUUAUGAUGGAAGUUGUGUUGAAUUAUUACAAUGUAUUGAAUAUAUGUUAGUUCCUUUGAAUCUCAGGACAAAUACAUCCUAGUAAAAUAAAUGUAUUUUAAGUUUGCAAAA